AUGACUCAAGAAACUAAAACUGUUUGUGUAUUCUGUGGAUCUUCUUUUGGUAAUAAACCGCAAUAUUCAGAAGAAGCAACUAAGUUGGGUGUUGAAUUAGCCAAGAAAUCAUGGGGUUUGGUAUACGGAGGUGGAUCAACUGGGUUAAUGGGGGCUGUUGCGCGUGGGUGUGCUACUAAUGGAGGAUACGUUCAUGGAAUUAUUCCUGAAGCUUUAAUUUCUAGAGAGAGAGUAGAACAAGGAGAAGGAGAAACAAACGGAGCCGAACUGGUAGGAGAGCAGGAUGGUGGUGAUGUCAACGCCAAUACCAAAACUGAAGAAACAUUCAAUGCUAAAUUAAAAGAAUCAAUAGACAAUCACGAUGGAUCAACACCUAUCCCUGAUUCAAAAGAAUAUGGCAAAACAACCUUGGUCAAAGAUAUGCAUACUCGUAAGAGAUUAAUGGGACAAGAAGCUAGUGCAUUUAUCGCCCUUCCAGGCGGAUACGGAACUUUGGAAGAAUUGAUGGAAGUAGUUACAUGGCAACAGUUGAAUAUUCAUAAUAAGCCAAUUGUUGUGUUCAAUAUGGAUGGAUUUUAUGACAAGUUUUUACAAUUUAUUGACGAUGCUAUUGCUAGUGAAUUUGUUUCGGUUAAAAAUGGUGAAAUUAUUAAGGUUGCCAACACGGUUGAUGAAGUGUUAUUGGCGAUUGAGAAUUACAAGGUGCCUGAAGGAAGAUUCAAUUUGAAUUGGGAAAGCACUUAA